AUGCGAAUGUCUGGCGUGUAAGAAGAAGACUGCCGAAUAAACCAGCUGAGUGACGCGUAAAAACAAAAUUUUACUUGCAUAUUAAUUUGAGCACACACCUAUCCAACAUUUUCAUCAACUCAGACUCGGGCACCCCAUAAAAAUGUUUAGGAAAUCUAAAACGCAACAACCAGCGCCUCCCACAGCACCUGGUAUAGAGGAAAUUCUUGAAGACGUAGAAACCUUUAAAAUUCCACAGGCCUAUGUAACAGAGGCACGCACUGCCGAGUUGCAAAAUGCACUACUCGCUGAGCCCGAUAAUCUUUCGCUUAAAAUCUGGUGGCAGGUAUUCGACGAUUACGAACAUAAAGUCAAAAAAUUGGCCGCUAUAAAUGAAAAAAUAGAUGUGCAGAAAACGCAACUACAAAGUUGCAAACGUAAACUCGAAAACAACGCCGAAGGGCUUCGUGUUGCCCUACAAAAACAGCUUGAGUUAAUUCAGGAAGGUCUACAUUAGCUUAAUGUGGUCAUAUGUUUAAAAAUAAAAACUGAAAACACA